AUGCGAGGUGAUGAUAUAACCGAGGAAGACAACCAGGGCUCACAGAUAGGCUCUCUUUUUAAGCAGCUGGUUAAUGACAGAAAGAUGGACGAGCUAGGUCUGGAGUUCUCUUUUCACGAAUUACAAUACACGCUUGGUGGUGUGUCUCGUCCAAUCCUACAAGGAAUUUCAGGUAAGAUUAGGAAAGGCCGCAUGGUUGGGAUCAUGGGGCCAUCUGGCGCCGGAAAGUCCACUUUCAUCAAUAUCCUGACAGGAAAAACCAAGCAAACGGCCGGAUCAACAACAAUCAAUGGAGUACAACGUAAUUUCACCAAGUUUGAGCACUUGAUUGGCUUCGUUUCGCAGGAUGAUUGUGCCUUAGCGGAUCUCACCGUCCGAGAGAAUAUUCUCCACUCCGCGCGUAUACGGCUUGGAGGGAUGUUGAAUGACGACAAAAUUAGGUUGCAUGUUGACGAAAUGAUCGCAUACCUCGGCUUGUCUCACGUGAAAGAUAGGCUUACAGGUAGUGUUGAGAAUAGAGGCAUAUCUGGCGGGGAGCGCAAGCGAGUUUGCAUCGCUCAGGAGAUUAUUGCAAUGCCAAUGGCGCUUAUUCUGGACGAACCAACUUCUGGACUCGAUGCAACGGCCGCUUUGUCGAUAAUGACCCUGCUUAAAACCCUGUCUACCUUUGGCAUCACCAUCGUCUGCGCGGUUCAUCAGCCCCGCGCAGAUAUAUUUCGCCUUCUGGACGACAUCCUCCUCUUGCACUUUGGAGAAUCGAUAUACAUGGGAGAGGUGGCUCCAUUAGACGCGCAGUUCAAAGCACUCCAUUUUUCUUUCCCCAACGGAUACAACCCUGCUGACGCCAUGAUGGACGUGGUGACAAAUCAGCAAUUAUGCUCAGCAUUCCCCUGGCCCUCUCCUCAACGCAGUAAUAGUCAGGUCAUUAACUGGCCAAUAUUUUCGAAACACUCUAUGGUCGGCGAUUCUCGACGUGUAUCAGAAUUGAACAAGUCUUUUGGUCAACAAAAGGCGACUUGGUAUCGUCAAGUACUUCUAUAUACGCUUUGUGGUGCAAGGCAGCAACGUCGGCAGGUGUUCAGUUUUCUUCUGGAGAUGGCCACCGGAGCAUCCGCCGGCCUUCUAAUGGGCCUAUCAGUAUACGAACAUAAGGGACACUUGUUCCAGGGAUAUUUUCGACAGCCCUUUGAGCCGUUGUCCAGUGCAGUCAACUAUGUUGUCGUCCCCACGGUGGGCCUUCUUUGCAGCUUAUCAAUUAGUGCGUCAACCCAUUAUCAGUCGACAACAGCCGUAUCCAAAAAGACUGAAAUCGAUUAUUGA